GACGCUCUGGGAAUGUUGAUAUUUUCCAGUGAGUCUGAGUCCAGAUGGAAUCCUUGAGGAGACGAGUUGUGUUGUUCGCGAGGCAGACCGCUCUGUUUCUUCAAAGUACCGAUGUCUGUAGGCUAGAACCUUGGGGAAAGUAGGGAACUGGGCAGAACCGAAGUUUUUCUGCUGGGAACACGGCUGCAGACUUUGAAAUUUGAGACGGAGGACACGAGAGAGCGAGCGCUCCUCCGUGAUUGGUUCGUGGGUGUUGUCAAGGCUUUACGCAGCUUCUUCAAUUGGUUGGUAUUUGAAAUUGUGACCGCAGCGACGAUUUUGCCCACGUACUUCCGAACAAGAGGGCGGGCUGUGUCCUGUUGCGCGUGCGCACAGCCCAGGAGGCCCCACCCGGUAGUUCAAGAACCUGUGAAGGGGCGGGGCGAAGAGGUGCUUGUUUUGGUUGUGUUUCCUCUGAAGCCGAAUCCCGGAACAAGGUAGCAAUCAGCUUGACUGGACUUGGAGGGAGAAAAGGCGACGCCAAAUUCGUCUUUGUACCAUCCUAUUGGACUUCACAUCCGGGAUCUCCUCCGGGCGUGACCUGCGUCCUGCCUACUGUUCUCGAACCGGUGUCCUGAUCCCUUUAUCCAGGCCUUGCUUCUCCCAUCGUGCUUCGCGCACAACAGUAGCCCCCUCAUCCGGGUUCUCUCCCGGCGUUCUCCGCGUCUGCUUUGCUGUGGGGUACUUGGCUGUGCCGCCAUGACUAUUCUCCCCAAAAAGAAGCCGCCACCUCCCGACGCUGACCCGGCCAACGAACCGCCGCCGCCCGGGCCGCUGCCCCCAGCGCCUCGGCGCGGUGGGGGUGUGGGCGUGGGCGGCGGCGGCACGGGAGUGGGUGGAGGAGAGCGCGACCGUGACUCCGGCGUCGUGGGGUCCCGUCCCCGGGCUUCACCACCACCUCAGGGCCCGCUACCGGGGCCGCCGGGUGCUCUUCAUCGUUGGGCACUAGCCGUGCCGCCUGGCGCAGUGGCGGGUCCUCGGCCACAGCAGGCUUCUCCACCUCCUUGUGGGGGCCCCGGUGGCCCCGGCGGCGGUCCUGGUGACGCUCUUGGUGCGGCAACUGCGGGGGUGGGCGCGGCAGGGGUGGUGGUGGGCGUGGGUGGUGCCGUGGGCGUGGGCGGCUGCUGCUCGGGGCCAGGCCACAGCAAGCGGCGGCGUCAAGCUCCCGGCGUUGGCGCAGUUGGCGGGGGCAGUCCGGAGCGUGAAGAGGUCGGAGCAGGCUACAACAGUGAAGACGAAUAUGAAGCUGCUGCAGCACGAAUCGAGGCCAUGGAUCCUGCCACCGUAGAGCAGCAGGAACACUGGUUUGAAAAGGCCUUACGGGACAAGAAAGGCUUCAUCAUCAAGCAGAUGAAGGAGGAUGGUGCUUGUCUAUUCCGGGCUGUAGCUGACCAGGUGUAUGGAGACCAGGACAUGCAUGAGGUUGUGCGAAAGCAUUGCAUGGACUAUCUGAUGAAGAAUGCCGACUACUUCUCCAACUAUGUCACAGAAGACUUCACCACCUAUAUCAAUAGGAAAAGGAAAAACAACUGCCAUGGUAACCAUAUUGAGAUGCAGGCUAUGGCAGAGAUGUACAACCGUCCUGUGGAGGUGUAUCAAUACAGCACAGAACCUAUCAACACAUUCCAUGGGAUCCACCAAAAUGAAGAUGAACCCAUCCGUGUCAGUUACCACCGGAAUAUCCACUAUAAUUCAGUGGUGAAUCCUAACAAGGCCACUAUUGGUGUAGGGCUGGGCCUGCCAUCAUUUAAACCAGGGUUUGCAGAGCAGUCCCUGAUGAAGAAUGCUAUAAAGACGUCAGAGGAAUCAUGGAUUGAACAGCAAAUGUUGGAAGACAAGAAACGAGCUACAGACUGGGAGGCCACAAAUGAGGCCAUAGAGGAGCAGGUGGCUCGAGAAUCCUACCUACAGUGGCUGAGGGAUCAGGAGAAACAGGCCCGCCAGGUCCGGGGACCCAGCCAGCCCCGGAAAGCCAGUGCCACAUGUAGUUCAGCCACAGCAGCAGCCUCCAGUGGCCUGGAGGAAUGGACUAGUCGGUCUCCACGGCAACGAAGUUCAGCCUCGUCACCUGAGCACCCUGAACUGCAUGCUGAGCUAGGCAUUAAGCCCCCUUCCCCAGGCACUGUGUUAGCUCUUGCCAAACCUCCUUCACCCUGUGCACCAGGUACAAGCAGUCAGUUCUCGGCAGGGGCUGACCGGGCCACCUCUCCUCUUGUGUCCCUCUACCCUGCUCUGGAGUGCCGGGCCCUCAUCCAACAGAUGUCCCCCUCUGCCUUUGCAGGUCUGAAUGAUUGGGAUGAUGAUGAGAUCCUAGCAUCGGUGCUGGCAGUGUCCCAACAGGAAUACUUAGACAGUAUGAAGAAAAACAAAGUGCACAGAGACCCACCCCCAGACAAGAGUUGAUGGAGACCCAGGACUGGACACCAUCCUAGACCCCUACUCCUGCCCUUGAUGCCACCCAACCUUCUUUGGCUUUCUUCCCUCUUGGCUUCCUUCCUUCGUUUCCUCUUUUCCUUUUCCACUUCCCUCUGGCUGGCCCACCCAAGCGCUCCAUCCAUCUCAUCCCUGCCACCAUCAACAGGCUCUGCCAGCUGAUGUGCCAUUGCCCCCUGCACAGCACCGUCUCAGCAUUCCACAGGGGACUCUGGAAAGGGUGCCGAAGGUAGGCAAGAGGCACACAGAGACAGACCAUCUGGCAGCCAGGCAGCCCCAGAAGAGAGAUACUCAGGCAAAGGAAGUCUACUGUUCGCCCUUCCUUACAGAUCAAUUAAACUUGUUACCCUUCCCCUGCAAUGGUGACAGGAAAGGUGGAAGUGGGAAAUAUUCCCUCCUAGUACCCCAAGAAUCUGAGCCUUCCAUGUUAAAUUUUUCUUUCUGAAAACGUACUUUCAUCAUAUAAAAUCAACAAAUCAAAAACCAUGGCCAUGGCGACACUUGCUCGGUGAGGAUGGCAUCUCCGAUUUGGAGACAGACAAGUUGGCCAUGGGGCAUGGUGGCCAGACAAAGAGAUGGAUUUCUGCUGUUUUCUGACCUCUAGUUCCUUGGAAGGAAAGAAGAUAUGAGCCAGAGGGAGGUGGCAGGGGUUGCAGGUGGCAGACUGACUGUGGACAAUGAGACCCUGACCUUGCUGCAUUCCUUUUGCUUCCACCACCACUAGUCUGUUUGGAAUCUUGAGGUGGAGGUAUCUUUGGAGAUCAUGGCCGCUACCCAAGAUUUGAGUUUAGGGAGUGGGAGCAGCCUUGGCAAAUGGGGCACCCGUGCCCUGCAGGUGUUGACAAGAUUCACCAUCUGUAAUGUCCUUGGCACAAUAAAACCAAAUGUCAGUUUCCCUGA